AUGUACGACGGCCCUUGUAGACUUGGGAAACCAUGCAAUUGCAGACCAUUUUUCCCAUCAAUGGACUGGGAAAAGUUUGAUCGCGUUCAUAAAAUAUUUGGAGCCGAAAAUGUCCGCAAGAUUCUUAAUGAUCUUGAUGAACAUCAGCAUCGUGAAAAUGCUGUUAACGCUCUUUGCUACGAGGCUGAGGCUCGUAUAAACGACCCCAUAUAUGGUUAUGUUGGUAGAGAAUUGGUUCUCAAUAAUAUUCUCAAUAAUUUGAAAAGAGAAAUAGAUUCAGAAAGUAAUGAACUGGUAACCAUCAUGGAUAAG